UAGAAGUGUGACAAAAUGUCUUUCAACAUUGCUUUGAUUCUCAUGAGCAAAUCAGAUACACUCAGAUUCGACGGUGCCACAUUUGCCAAAUAAUAUUAUUAAACUCUAAACAAAUAAUAUAUUUCCUAUGAUAUAUCUGACAAAACGUCAAAAUAAAACCUGGGUGACAGGAUUUUGUGUCGCCAAGCAUGUGGAGAAGCACAGUUUGACAACGAAGGGUUCCAAUAUAUAUAUGUGAACGUUUACGAAUGUACAAAUUUUUCCAUUGAAUUCAAAGUUGGGUACUCCUGUGAUGCGUCUCAGAUUUGGUCGCUGCAAUUUCGCUAGGUAAUGACUCCCAAGGAUUUUAAUUUAUGAUCUUUGGGUUCCCACCGGAGAAAAAUACUUAAAGAUUGAUUGAAAUUGGCGGUUUGUGUGGGAUCAGAGGCAGGUUUGUGUGGGAUUUUGUUAUUCUUCUGUUUAGUAGAUUAAGGUGGGUGUUUGGCCAAUGGAAUUUUCAUUGAGUAUGGCAUGUCAUACCAGCUUGUUGGUCAGGUUCCUGUUUUGGGAAAGUGGUUUUUAACUGAUUAAAACAUGCCGUCACUAGAUGAGUUUGUAUGGCAAUGUAUUUGACCAUUGGAGGGGGGAGCUUUUCCUGUUAUGGAUAAGUUUAUAUGGCUUUGAAUCUGUCAAUUGGAAUGGGGGAUCUUUUGCUGCUAUGGGGUGUUAGAGAUAUGCUGCAGGGGACAUAAAAAUCCAUACUACUCAGAAGAAGCUGACAAAGUAGAAUGACAGUUCCACGCACUGUUAAGAGCAGCUAGGACGGGAAAUUGGCCUCCCAUUGUCAUGCUGCUGCUCUCUUCCAACAAUAUAAUCAAUCCUAAGCAAUGUGCCGGACCAAACUCAAACUUGUAAAAGAACCCAUUCCUCUCAAACCGUCCUCUAGAAAGCCCAGAUCUUCAGACGAAAUAUUAAUCAGCACCAGCAAGAGUACAGAUUCAGGCGUACAUUCGAGCAGCCUAUUUUCUAAAGGAUCCACCAGCAGUGCCCAAUCUCUUGCCAGCUAUAAAGAUUUACUUCCAGACAAUCCUAAUAUCUAUGCAUUCAAGGAAAUCACUUUGGCUACAAACCAUUUUCGUUAUGGAAAAUUAGGGAAUUCCUCAGUCUGGAAAUGCACAUUGAGAAAUAAGCCUGUGGUUGUUACAGAAAGAAUCAGGACAGGUCCAGUAGAUUUUAGGGCAAAACUCAGAGAAAUCUGUAGUGUUCAUCACAGAAGUAUAGUUGAGCUUUUAGGUGUGUGUGAGGAAGAGGACCGUCUCUAUCUUGUUUAUCAGUAUGUGGAGGGUUCUAGUAUGAAAGAAUGUCUACGCGGUAGCAAAGCCCCUGGAUAUACGGUUCUUUCUUCAUGGCUUUCAAGAAUACAGAUUGCUGUAGAUGUAGCCCAAGGGCUUGAAUAUAUGCACCAUGAUAUAUCCUUCAAUUAUGUCCAUAAGUAUAUUAAGAGUAGCAGCAUAAUUAUUGUAGGGCCUGAUUUGAAUGCAAGAAUCACACAUUUUGGGACUUCUGAGUUAACUGGUGAACUGUCUGCGAAACAUGAGGGCGAGCAAUCCUCAAGCACAGAGAUUACAGAGGAGGAUUCUGGGGAGACUAGUGGGCAGUUCAAGCGGUCACGCAGUAGGAAAAUUAUUGGGUCACAAGGUUACAUGGCUCCGGAGUUUGCUGCAAGCGGUAAAAUUUCUCAAAAAACUGAUAUUUUUGCAUUUGGGAUGGUUUUGUUGGAGCUUUUGACUGGACAGGAGCCUGUAAAAUUUUCUUUUGAUGCAACGAAGAAUCAGUACAAGAGAGUUUCACUCACUGAGACCCUCUUUCAAAUGAUUUCGGAAUCAGAUUUUUCUGCCAAGCUGCGGACAUGGAUUGAUCCUCGGCUUAAAGAUUCUUACCCUGUUGAUAGUGCUGAGAAAGUUGCAAAGCUCGCAGCAACAUGUGUAGAUAUAGGUCCACACGAUAGGCCGGAUAUGAGACAUGUAGCUGGAGAGCUAUCUAAAAUUUAUCUGAAAUCUAAGAAAUGGUCAGAGGAACUGGAGGCAAAUAAAGCCUUCAUGAGUACCACAAUGGAGGCUAGAUAGCUUGAUAAAGUAUAGGAUUUUUUCUCCAUUUUCUGCAUAGGCCUUUGGGUUGGUUCUGAAAAUCAAAGGUGUUUAGAUGUGGUCCACACAAUGGACCGAACAUGAGACAUGUAUCUGGAGAGCUAUCUAAAAUCUAUCUGAAAUCUAAGAAAUGGUCAGAGAAAAUGAAAGCGAAUAAAGCACUCAUGAGGGCUACAUUGGAGGCUAGAUAAAAUGAUACGGUAUGGGAUUCUUUCAUCAUUUUCUACGUAGGGCCUUUUUGUUGUUUCUGAAAGUGUAAGAUGUUUAGAUAUAGUUCACACAAUAGAUUGGAUGUAAGACAUGUGCCUGGAGAGCUACCUAAAAUUUAUCUGAAAUCUAAGAAAUGGUCAGAGAAAAUGAAGGUGAAUAAAGCCUUCAUGAGUGCCACUUUAAGGUAGAGAGCAUGAUAGAGUAUGGAAUUCUGUCUUAAUUUUCAGCAUAAGGCCUUUGUGUUGGUUCUCGGUGUUGGUUCUCAAAGUGUGAUCAAUAUUGAAUAGAGAACUUCCUUUGAGUUCUUGGAUUCUGCUCUCUUCUGCUCCAAACACAACAUAUUAUUAUGUAGUCAGAGACAUUGUGGAUAGCAGAAUAUAACUAUUAUAGAAAGGAGUGAUUUGUAAUUCUAAAAUAACAGAAACAGGAAGUUCUCUUAUAUUGAUUUUUCUUUAUUGAAGAUCUUAGGCUUGAAGAGGAGGCCCUUAUUUCUCUUGGGUAGGCGAGGGCUUCAAUUCGUUAUUCUGUAACGUACAGCAUGCACCUCAUCCUUUUGUUUUAAACGGUGAUACCUGGUGCAGUUACCAGAGACAAUUCUCAUUGCGAAUUGUUUGUCAUGGAAGCAGCAUUUUAGGUCAUACCAGUUAAUACCCUUGUGGAAAAUCUUAGCACCUUGUGCAUUUGAUGAUCUAUAAUUGAUAAAGUUUCUACAUACUGAAAGUAAAUGAAGGUUGUAUACUGAACCUACUUGAACUGAGCUUCAAAUCACAUAAUAUUGAAUAUAUCUUGUGUAAGAAUUAGUGUGUGUUUGUUGCUGGAAAUGAAAAAUGUAACUAUAAUAACAAAAUUCAAGUGCAAAUAAUAUCAGAUACCUAAGGUUUUUAACCUGGAAACCUCACUGGGGAGAAGACCAGCUUGUAAGUGUAAUUUGAUCACUUCCCUUAAUUACUUCAGUUUGGCAAUUACAUAGAGCAUAAUAUGGUGUCUGUCAACAACAGUAUACUUAGGUUUUUUUAGCUAAAUUUCAAUGCACUUGCACAUACAGAACUUGGCUACUAUUUGUCAAUUACCACGUGCCAGUAUAUCAAUCCUGAAGGACUGUUUGCACAAGGCAUGCCGCGUUUAGAGAUCUUCAUGCAGCACGUGCAUGAUGCUUACUGGUAAAUCAAAUACAAAAAUAGCACACUCAAGACAUCACACUUGGAAGAUAAAUAACCUUUACAUUGCUCAAAUUCAUCUAAAUAUCUGGGCAUGGUUGCACAGUAGACCCGAACAAAAAGGUUCAUGUGACAUUUACAUUAAUGCUUCUGACCAAAAUCGAGCAGCACUUUGUUGCAAAAGUUUUUGCUCUCUGAAUUACUACACUACCCCUGUAUAUGUAGGAAUCCAAGAAGAGCACUGAUUCAGAUUACCCUAGCUGCAUAUCUGUGCUUUUAUUUAUUCUAUGAUGGCUGAAAACCAGGGAAAGAAUGUGUGGUGCAUGUCCAUCUAACAUUCCAAUCCUAAGCUACCCAAAACUUACUUAUCUUCCAUAUAGCAGGUGCAGCAUGCACAAAUACAAAUAUUGGUGUCAAAAUAUACACAAGAUAUUACAGAAGUAUAGUGACAAUAUCCUCUCGGCACAAUCAUCUGUUCUGCCAACCUAAUGCAGGAGCAUCUGGGCUCACAUGCGAUCCAACAUCAACCAAAAAGACAUCUAAGGUUCACUUCUGUCUGCUUUGUUCUUGUUUGUAUUGUGUUUGCUUGAGGAAAUUUUAGCUCGAAGUUGGCCAUUCUAAGGGCAUCACAUGGUAGAAGUCCCUAAUUGGUACUUGUAGUUUAAUUUGGUGGAAAAAGGAGAAAAACGGCUAAGUAAUAGCUGACUGGAGUUUUUGGCCUCUUUAGGAAUUGGUUGAAGGUCAGCUGGUUCCAAGAACCUUUGGAAAUGCCGAUAAUUUCGGGUCCUAGUGAAAUUGCCAACAAGCUCAUUCUUGAGUUUUUCGGCUAAGUAAAAAUUUCCAUCUUGUCAAAGAGCAUAAUGGGUGUCUCUGUUUGAAUUUUGGGUGAAAUUGGACAAGUUUGGGCAAAGCUAUGAAGAGUCAGAGGUUAAGCCUAGAUCGGGAACAAAUCAUAGGAAUGAUAGGUUUCAGGAACACUCAAAACCCUUGACAGAGCUUCAAGUUCCUUUGGAACUCCUGAUUGUUGAUGAAGACUUAGAAGUUUUUGAAGUUUGUUAAGAUCACAGAGUUCCUGGUGGAUCGGAAAGCUUCAGCAAGGUACAGAUCACAAGCCUAGAUAGUGUUGGGAACAUUGGGAGGCCCUGAUGGUUCCCAUUCCCACUCAUUUUGUCGACAACCAAGGAAGAAACAUGGGUUCUUCAUAAACCCCAACACCCUAACGAAUGGUGAAGGGUAGGAGUUCCUAAGAACCCCCGAAGCCCCAACAAUAUAUGGAACCCUGGAAGGCUGAAGCCUGACUAGGUACACAAAGACAUUGUCGACCUUGACAGUUGACAAGAGCUAAAAGCAGAUAGAGGCCAAAAAUGGAUGCCGAUCGGGGAGUACUAGUUCCUGGCUGUAUAAAAACCCUUGACAAAGUGAUAAACGAUGGUAGAAAAUGACAAAGCGACCUAAAGGCGAUUAUAUGGCCGGUGAAGUGGAUCAAGGUGACAACUGCUUAGGUGCCACAUGUCCCAACAUGUUUAGAAUGUGGAGCAGCUGAAUCUUCCCUUGUUUGCCCUGUAAGGGUAAACUUUGGACUAAUUUGAAGGAACUUUUUGGGGAAGCCAAGAGAGGAUGGUUGGAAGAGUCUCCUGCUGUGUUUGCAGAGAGAAAAGCCAUGAAUAGAGGGCCAAAUUUGUAAUCUAUGAGGAAUGUAAACCUUUUGAAACAAGAAAUAAAAUAUAUUGAAUAUUGUGAAUGUUUUAUUUUGUAUAGCUUCUGUUGCAUGUGAGAGUAGUGUGUGUGUUGUUUGUUGGCUACAUGACUGGGCGGUUUGGUAAGACUCAUUGGCCACGACUGGACCAUGUGGUAUGAGAGGAGUUGCUCACGGAGGAUGUGUUGAGUGAGAUAUGUUGAGGUGAGUUGCAUGAAAGGGUUGAGGUUGGGCAGGUUUGUUGCAGGAGUCUUGUAAGUGUAGAGAAGGGUGAGAGUCUAUGGUUGUCCUCUAGCAAAGGUUGAGCUUGGGUAGAAGGUGCACCGAGAGUUCUUCUAUCGAGAGAGAGUAGGUAGAGGAAGUGAGAGGCGUGUCUUCCGGAAACCUUUGUUGGGUAGAGGAUAUGUGAGUGUGAGAUUGAGUUUGUUGCAGGUGUGAGAGGAACCUAUAUCUACGGAGAGCAGUCUCUAAAGGUUUGUGAGUUCAUGUGUGCUUGAGUGUGUGUGAGAUAGAAUAGAGAAAGAGAGUGGGGUUUGUCUUGGGAAAGGUGUUGGGGAUUUCAAUCCUUGUCAGGAGAGGAAGGGUGUACAAGGCUAGAGAUGAAGGGGAUGUUGAAGGGCUUGAGAGAGGCCAGAGUAGAAGUGAAGAACAGAAGAGAAGAGGACAAUGUGGGUUUGUGUACAGAUGAACCCGUGUGUCUAGGGAAAGAAGAGAUUGCAGCAAUAGAAACAUGUCUUGUUGAAGGCAUGGGAGACGUGGAGAAAAAAGUUGAAGAGGUAGUGUAGUAGAGCAUGAAAAAACUUGUCACCAUGCAAGAAGAAGAAGAUGAUGAAGUAGGUGUGGUUGCAGUAGUGUGCCUUAGUGAAGGUGUUGAGGUGUUGGUGGCUGAAGUUGUGCAUGGAUAAGUUACAAUGGUGGAGAAGAGUGGGGUUGCAACAAAGAAUGGUGAAGAAAAUAUUGCACUAGAAGUUGAAGAGGAGGGUGAUAGAACAAAAGCUGUCGAGUGUCCUUCAAAGGACAUGAAAGAAUUGGAAGAUGAAAGUGCAGUUGAUGAUGGAGAGGGAGAGGCUGUAGCAGACAGUGAUGUGAAAGAUUCUACAGAGAAUGGUGUAGAUGAGGUAGAAAGAGAAGAAGGUUCUUGGUAGGAAGGCUGUAGCAUAGUGGGUUAAAAACCACUAGAGGGAGAAGAGGGAUUAGGGAAGGUGAGAAGUUGAGGAAUAUUGAGUGGAGGAGUUUGGGCUAUGGUGGGUUCAGUCCCACGAGAGAACAGAGAGCAGAGUACAUUUGGAGGAGGUGGUUGGGUUGUGGUGGACGUAGGUCCACGAGAAGGAAGAUGAAUGAAGAGAAAAUUGGGUGGAGGAUGGCACUAGUCCUAGCCAAAUGCUGGAAGAGGCAAAGGAAGAAAAUUUCUAAUGAGCUUUCUUCAAUGAUGGAGUUUGUUGUAGGUUGGGCACAACCUAGAAGGGUAGUUUUACCACUCAACUCCGUUUUGUGAGCUAUGCUCACCAACUUCUUACUUGGCAUGUCUAAUGCAAGAGUAUCUGGGCUCAUAGGUGUCCAACAUCAACCAAAAAGACAUCUCAGUUUCAAUUUUGUUUGCUUUAUCCUUUUUGGUUUUCGUUUUUGCUCUAGGAGGAAAUUUUAGGUUGAAGUUGGCCAAUUUAAGGGCAUCAUUUGGUAGAAGGCCCUAAUGGGUACUUGUAGGUUUUAUUUAGUGGAAAAAGGAGUAAAAGCAACUAAGUUAUAGCUGAUCAAAGGUUUCAACCUCCUUAGGAAUCGGUUAGAGAUUUAGCUGGUUCUAAGAACCCUUGGAACCAUCGACAGUUCCAAGUCCUAGUGAAAUCAUUAACAGGCUCAUUCUUGGGUUUUUCAGCUAAGUAAAGGUUCCAUCUUGUAAAGGAGCCUAAAGGGUGUCUUUGUUUGAAAUUUGUGUGAAAUUGGACACGUUUAGGCAAAGUUAUGAAGAGUCGGAGGUUAAGCCCAAGUUGGGAACAAAUUGGAGGAACGGUAGGUUUCAAGAACCACCUUGAACCCUUGAUGGAGUUCCAAGUUCCUUGGGAACCCUUGAUCGUCCAUGAAGACUUAGAAGUUUCUGAAGUUCAUAAAGAUUACAAAGUUCUUGAUGGAUCAAAAAGCUCCAACAAGGUGCAAUCAAAGGUCUAGUGAGUGUUGGGAAAAUUGAGAAGCCCUUAUGUUUUUGUACCACUCAUAUCCCCAACGACCAAGGAAGAGGCACAGGUUCCUCAUGAACCUCGACACUUUGAAAAAGGGCGAAGGGUAGGAGUUCCCAAGAACCCUGAAGCCUCGAUAGUAGAUGGAACCUCAAAAGGCUGAAGCUUGAUUUGGGUGCACAAAGACAUUAUCGGCCUUGAUGCCUAACAAGGGCUAAAAGCAAUACAAAGGCUGAAGAUCGAUGACGAUUGGGUAAUGCUAGUUCCUGGCCUAACUGAAAUCUCCAACAAAGUGAUAAAUGACACCAGCAAGCUAUAGGGCAACAUGAAAGCAAUAUGGCCUACAAAGUGGAUCAAGCGGAUGAAUGCUUGGGUGCCAUGUGUAUUGACGUGUCAGAAUGUGGGGUGGCUGAAUCUUCUCCUUUUUGUGUGCUAUAAAGGCAAAAUUUGGACUCAUUUGAAAGAACUUUUUGGGGAAGUUGAGAGAAGAUGGCUGGGAGAGUCUCCUGUCAAGUUCGUUGAGAGAAAGGCCAUGAAUAGAUGGCCAAGUUUGUAAUCUGUGAAGAAUGCAAACUUUCUGAACCAUGAAAUAAAAUAUUUUGAAUAUUGUGAAUGUUUAUUUUGUCUGGCUUUUGUUGCAUGUGAGAUUAGUGUGUGUGUUGUUGGCUGUAUGACUGGGUGGUCUGGUAAGACUCCCUGGCCACGACUGCACCACAACCACUCCAAUUUUUUCUUUUUCAAAUACAAAUUAUAUUUACCAUUCUUGUGAGUGCGUGAUGUGAUAGGGGGUUGUUUAGCUGUAGCUCUUGGAAGCAGAAGGUCCCAGGUUCAAUCAAAUUAAAAAGUUUUUGAUUAAGUAGAGCUUUUCAGGGUGCAUCUCAAAAGAUGGUUGCAAACUAUGACAUCAACUGCAAAAUGUGUUUUUGAAGAAAAGUUAAUCCCUUAACUGAAGCUUGCCUAGAGGUAUGUAGGUGUGUCUUUGUAUUGUCAUGAAAAAAUUGAACGUCUUGCUCCUCUGGUCCACCUGGUUUUUGCAUGUCCCGCAUUCUUUGCUUUCUGCCAUGUCUUCAACUACCUUGACCAGCUUCUUGAUCUGUCUGUGCAUGAUACUGGACAGCUCCUUAAGUUGCUACAUUUACUUUCCAGUAGGAUCAGCAUACCUGGACCAGUCAAACUAAGUAUCACUUUUGUAGUCCUGUUUCAUCUUAAAAUUUAACAGGAAUGUAUUAUCAGUGUGUCAAUGUUAAAUCAAUAAAAAACAAUUACUUUACUGUCAAAUCUGUUUAAAACAUUUACUUUACUAUCAAACCUGUUAAAAACAAUUACUUUACCAUUUAAAACAUUUACUUUACUGUUAAAAACAAUUACUUUACCCCACUUAUAAUGGAAAACAAUUAUUUGACUGACGAAUCAAAACAAUGGAAAACAUAUUACAAACGAAUUUCGCUGCAGAAACAGCCGUUAGAAACGAGAAAUGCGUUUCUCCCGUUGAAACGCGAAACGACGGGAGACCAUCGCGUUUCUGGCAACUAAGGUAUUAGAUAGGCCUGAUGAAGCAUCUUUUCUUUUUCUGUUGGUUUCUUACAUCCCAGAAUACAUCUCCAGACUGAAACCUACCAUACCAAUAGCUGAUGUGCAUGGUUUUGUCUCUGAAGUUCUGAUAUCUUAAGGGUGUAACUUGUAACACAGAAAAUUAUUGUUAUCCAUUCCUCGAACUUGUCUACUAUCAGUCUUAGAACAUAUGACUUGCAAUUGUGGUUGAUUCACUGAUCCAAGUGCAGCCACGUGACCUUCAGAGAACAAUCUAGGAGAUAUAGAAAUCUAGGCAAACCAGUUUGUGUGUUUACCCUUUCUGGUAAUGAGAAUCUUCAGUUUCGACUUUAUUACAUGUAUACACCCAUUGUAUUCUAUUCAUUUCUACAUUCAAUAGAUUUAGCAUGCAUUUGCAAAAGUAUUUGGUGCCAAAUUUGUACUGGUUAGUUGUGUUUUUCUUUUUCUUUUGCAUAUUCUAUAAUUCUGUCUUUCAGUAAGAUAGGAUUGCCCCCUGCACAACCUGGGAUCCAGAUCAUUCACUUUAUCUAGAAGUGCUGUUUUGGACAAUUAAAAUCAGAAUUUUGUAUAUUUCAUAGUUUGGAUUCAGUAAUUGGAUUAUAUGGAAGUUGCAGAAUCGGUAGUGCCUUAGAUUCAGCAGUUCUCAUGAUGUAUCUGGGCAAAACAAAAGGAGAUCAAUUUGCAGAAUUACACCAAGAAUGCAUAAAUGGCUAUCAUUACAUAGCAAUAAAAAAGUUGGGGAGGAAAAUUUUUAAAACAUCUUUAACUUAAUUAGUUAAGAUACUAAUCAGACUCCAUGAAGUUGGAAGAAGGGCACCAGCAUAUAUUAACCAUAUGAACCUAAUCUUGCGAAUUAGUCGACCAUAUCCAAAACUACCUGUUUACCAAAACUGUCACUAUUGCACUGCUAGUAUUCACUUAUCAAGUUUUCUGUGGCUUGGAAACUCCAAUUUUUAUUUCCAGCAACAAAUGUAGUUGUUUCCUAACUUUGU